GCUAGCACAAACAUGGACCGCAUGGAUCGUGUUGUGACGCUGCGACGCCGUCAUCGGCUGUUUCUCGCGCUCUCGUUGUCACGGCAGCGAGUCUACCGAGACCGUGAAAAUCCUUUGGAGUGUCUAGACGACGGUGAGCUGCAACGGCGGUUCCGCUUUACGAGGGAUGGAAUAUUUUUCAUUACGUCCGUCGUUGCUCUCGACAUCGAGCCUGCGACCCGUCGGAGCCAGUCCCUCCCGUCGUCGUUACAAGUGCUACUGACAUUGCAGUUCCUCGCUACUGGGAACUUUCUCAUCACAGCGGGUGACGUGGUCAACGUGCACGAAGCAACAGCCUGUCGUGUAGUGCACCGCGUCGUUGCAGCGCUGUGCAAGAGGGUCGGAAAGUUCGUCCGGUGGCCAAGAGGUGAGGAGGUAGCAAGGGCCCAACACCAGUUUUAUCAGCUGGCCAGUUUUCCUGGGGUUGUGGGAGCAGUGGACGGCACACAUGUUCGCAUCCAGGCACCGUCAGCACACGAGACAGCUUUCGUCAACCGCAAGAACUACCACUCCAUCAAUGUUCAGCUCAUUGCGGGUGCUGACUGUAAGAUCUUGGACGUGGUUGCGAACUGGCCCGGUGCCACCCAUGACUCUAGGAUACUGCGUGAAAGCACCAUUGGGAGGGAGCUGGAAGCUGGAGUCCACACUGGGCUUCUUCUUGGUGACAGCGGGUACCCCUGCAAACGCUGGCUGAUGACACCGUUUCUCCAGCCCCGAAACAGAGCACAAGAGAAGUACAAUGCUUCACACUCGACAACACGGGCUUUGGUAGAGCGGACAAUUGGUCAGCUGAAAAGGAGGUUCCACUGCCUUCACAGUGAGCUGCGAGUGCUAACAAAGCAUACCUGUCCUAUCAUCGUGGCAUGCUGUGUCCUUCACAACAUAGCCAAAGAUUUCGGCAGUGAAGUGCAGGAGGCAGACAGCGACAAUGAUCACGACCCCGAUUACGACCCCCAGCUGGUGUCCAGUUAUGAAGGACGUCAGGAUGGCUUCAUGUACAGAGAUGCCAUCGUACGUCAGCAUUUCACAUGAGCAGUCCCUCCUGGCUCGCUGGGAACGCGCACUCGUACUGCUUCGUGCCGGCUGCUCCUCUGCACCGUUCCCAGCACCGGCAAACGGCUGUGAAGAGGCACUACCCCUUGUGCCACCCACCUCGCAAGUCACGACAAAGUUAUCAUCUUCACGCAGCCCAACUACAGGCACAACAUCCUGGACCACAGUACCAUAAUCGUGGUCAUCACUGGUGGACGGCCCUGGUAGACUUGCAAUGACGUCCUCGAUAAUGGCAGCGCUGUUGUAGAAAGCAAAAAAACACGGAUGAGUUGGUUUGGUGAAAUGUACAGCGAUUUCCUUCAUUGUUCCUUAGCACUCUGUUUAUCAGUUGUAUGUUUGACUUUACAAGAGACCCAGUUUUGUGUGUUUUGUGCGUGCAUAUAUGUGCUUCCUCAUUCCACGUUUUGUUCGGGUUUUGUUUUGAGCAGUUUGCUUCAACUGUGGUUCAUUUCUUAUGUCACAAAGGACAGUGUGCAAUGUUUAAUAUGCAUAGUUAUGUUUGGAUUGUUAUAAUAUUUUUGGGUUGCCCCAACAUUUUGCUCUUCAUAUUAGUUAAUUGCUGUAUUGUUGUUUGUUGUUGUGUCUAUAUGUCUUGUAGAUAGUUUAUUGAAUACACCACAGGUGCUCUUCUUGUAGCACAACGUUCUCAAUGGGGUUGUAGCACUUCGUAAACAAUAGCAUUGUAUGUCUACCUGUGUGUCUGCCUGCCUGUAGAGUGUUAUUGUUUGCAUCAGUGUGAGGGUGCAUUUCAAGUUCCACAGCAAGGGAUGUGACACCAAGUGGCGUGUAUUAUGAAACGACCCCUUCGAAUAACCAUUUUACAGAUAACAUAUGAUGAUUCCCUUAUCCCCCACUUCCAAUGUGCUACACAUUGUACAUGCAGUAUGGAGUGCCUCAUUGUACAUUAGUAAGCCAAUCAGGUGCUGUCCUGACCUAUGAAAAAUCUUUUAUCCCAACAUGUCGUGCUCUUUUGCACCAGCUCCACCUUGUCAGUAGUGUUUGUGUUCCCCUAGACUACAUAAUAUAAGUUUAACUGGAUUGUGGUGUAUUGGAGACCCUAGACUACAUAUUACAGUCGAACGCAAUGUGAGACGUGCCUUGUUGGAAAUUUUUCACGUGGCAGCCUUAUUAGUUACAUAAUACCUGUAUUACUUACCCACGGGUGUCCAUACCUCCUUCAA